AUGGCCAACGACGGUGAAAGUUCAACGCCAGCCCUCAUGGUAUCGGUAGAUCGCGUCGCGAUGCGCUUACCGGAAUUUUGUGCGUCCGAUCCGGAAAUGUGGUUUUGUUUAUUGGAAAGAAAUCCACCGACUACAGCUCCGUACGACAAACUAAAGAGCGAACUCACACGAAGACUUUCCUCGUCGCAAGAGGAUAAAAUCCGUCGCCUCCUAGAAAGAGAAGAGUUAGGGGACCGUAGACCUUCCCAAUUCCUCCGCCAUUUACGCCAACUUGCGGGACCGACUACGGACGACCAACUUUUAAGGACACUAUGGGUAAGCCGCAUGCCCAGAAAUAUACAAAUGAUCCUGGCCACCCAGAAGAACACUCAGCUCGACGAGGUGGCAGAGUUAGCGGACAGUGUCAUUGAGCAUGCGGCGCCCAACGGCCAGAUCGUACCAGUCCACGCGAGACAGGACGGCGCCGUGGAUUCCCUUGACCAGAAGCUAAACCAAAUUGCCAAAUCGUUGAAACAAGAACUGAUGGAAAUUAUGCGCAACGAAAUCGCGGCCCUAUCUGGACGAGCCCCAUUUUCACGAGACACCGGAUAUGAAAAUCGACGACCCAGGUCGCGCUCACGAGCCCGCUCCGUCAGUCGUGGACCAGGGAAGAAAAUUUGUUGGUAUCAUUGGCGUUUCGACACCGACGCCAAAAAAUGCGACCCUCCCUGCUCGUUCCAAGCGGGAAACGAGGGGGGCGAUCGCUAA